UUGCAGGAGGAGAAUUUGGAAUUGAAGCAGCUGAAGGUAAGUUGUUGUGAGGAUUAUAGUUGGACACAUUAUAUGUCAUUGCCCUUCACUCAGAAUGUUAUCAGUGAAACCUUGAGAUUGGCAAAUAUCAUUAAUGCAGUAUGGAGAAAAGCUCUCAAAGAUGUCAAAAUCAAAUGGCAUUUGAUACCAAAAGGAUGGUGUGUUUUGGCAUCCUUCACUUCAGUUCACAUGGAUGAAGAAAAUUAUGAAAAUCCAUACAAUUUUGAUCCCUCCAGAUGGCAGAAAGCUGGAGUUGCUGUGACCAGCAGCACAUUUACACCAUUUGGUGGAGGACAGAGGCUGUGUCCUGGUUUAGAACUUUCAAGGCUUGAAAUCUCCAUUUUCCUCCACCAUCUCGUCACCACCUACAGAUGGGUGGCAGAGAGGGAUGAGAUUGUCUAUUUACCAACAGUAAAGAUGAAGAACAAGCUGCCUAUCAACAUCAUGCCCUUUGAGCAAAACCCACUAAUUCAAACCAGACAAAACUAACUUGUUCUUUACCAUUUCACCCUAAUUUCUCCAAACAUGCUGCUUCCCUACGAUUUAUUAUGUAACCCACAUCUUUCCCUCUAUUAUAUUAUCUCAGCCAAAAAUAUUUCUAUGUAAAGGUAGCAAACCAAUUACAACAACCUCUCCUACCCCACACCCUCGACAAGGUUUUAUUUUUUAAAAAGAAUCUUUUAACAUCAUUUUGAGAAGACUGAAUAUUUAGCUCAAGUGUAAUUGUCUUCUAGAUUGAUGGAACCUAUUUUUCAUUUUCUUUUUGGGUGGGGUAUCGAUGGAUGAGUGUCCAUUUCAUUAUUAGGAAUGCUAGUGGAAAAAACAUUCAAAAUCUUGAUCCUUAUCAUCAA